AUGCGGUGGCUAAACUUUGUCCUUAAGAUGGAGAAGCUCCGGAAGCAGUACCGGACAGAGAUUCAGCAGACUAUAUCGAUGCCCCUUUUUAGUUUUGUUUCUUCUUGGGUCCAUUUUAAACGGAUGAACGCUAUGGAAAAAGGGCCUAAUGUGAAAUCACAAUUCGAGUGCCCCGAUGAUGAGAACGACAAUGACCAUCAAGAGUCACUAUCGGUGGAAGUGAGGGUCUGGGUUAGAAUCCCUACUGGAGUUGGUAUAGCUCAACCAGGGACAAGACAAAACCCAAUUCUAACGCCAGUCCUUACCAUAGCAAUUAUGAUAUCGAUGAGCAGGAUCCGAGUCGAGUCAAUACAUGGUGCUAGGGUUCUCAAUGAUUUGAGAAACAGCAGCGACGGAAUCAGAGAAGAGGAGAGAGACAUGGUAGCAGAGAUGGUUUCGGUAAUAAAGGUAUUGGGGAAAGGUUCAUAA